GGAAGGCCCCUGGCAGCCAAAAUGAAGUCUGUGCUGUGUGUGUGCUGCGUGCUGGCUCUGCUGGCUCUGACUGCUGCAGGGUCCUCCAUCCACGAUGAGGAGCCUUUGGUGCGUUUGCAGCUCCAGCAGCCCGAGGGAGACCUCUUCUCCUGUGGAUGUGACACAACAGAGGAGCCCGCCACCCAGAGCUCCUCCAAUGAUACACCGGCCCCCGAGAGGGCCAUGUGCCAGCCCUGCUCCAAACCCCCAUCCACUUUAGAUACUGAAGAAAAGCCGGCUUCCUCCUCAGAGCAUGAGGAGGAGCAAGAGGAGGGAGCAGCUCCUGCAGAGGAGGAUGCUUCUACUGAGGAGGUAACAAGCCAUGGAGAAGAAGAGGACCUGGAGGAGGCAGCUUCCCGGGAAGAGGAGGCGAUGUCUGAGGAGGUGGAGGAGGGAGAAGCUGAGGAGGCAGCAGCGUCUGAAGAGAAGGAAAAGGUGGCUGAGAUUAAGGAAGAUGAGGAGGAAGCAGAGGAAGAGGAAGUGAAUGAAGCUCAGGAAGAAGUUGCAGAAGAAGAACCUGAAGCUGAAGAAGCAGUCAAGGACACACAGGAGGACACACAGGAGGAAGCAGCAGAGGAGGAGACCGUGGAAACGUUGAUACACGAGGCAGCAGAGGACGAAGAUACGGCUGCUGAGGAAGGGGCUGCAGCAUCCGAACCUGAACCAGAACCCCAAACAGACUCUGAACCCGAGGAAUCAGAGCCAGAAGUCCUUGAAGAACCAGAGUUAGAAGUUGUUUCAGAGCCUGAACCUCAAUCAGAGGAGACCGUAGAGCCAGAACCCCAAGACGUUUCAGAGCCAGAGGUUUCAGAGCCUGAACCAGAACCUGAAGUGUCUGCAGAGCCUGAAGGAGAACUCGAGAUUACAGCAGAGCCUGAGCCUGAAGUCAUUUCAGAGCAGGAGGUGAUUCAGGAGCCAGAACCAGAAGUGACUGCAGAACCAGAGAUUGAAGCGGUCGCAGAACCAGAGAUUGAAGCGGUCACAGAACCGGAGAUUGAAGCGGUCGCAGAACCUGAACCAGAACCAGAGGCUGUUUUGGAGGAGAUAGCACCAGAACCUGUUGAGGUUUUGGAGGAGGAACCAGUGGAAACCACAGAGGAGGUCCCUGUGGUGGAGGAGGAACCUGUUGCUAUGGAGGAGGUGACUGUGGAGGGGGUGACGGAGGAGGAGGAGGCGACGGAGGAGGAGCCUGCACAGUCUCAAACUGAAGAGCAAAAGGAAGGUGCAGCUGCGGGCCCAAAGCCGAGGGACAGGUCCCACAUUGAGAACACGCUGCGAUUGGCGGCAGCUGAACCCUCCGCAGAGUUCUCAGCUGCGAUGAAGACGCUGCUGAGCACAUACCACAACGCCAUCAAGCCGAUGGAGCAGGCCUUCAAGUACAACGAGCUCAGGCAGCACGAAGUCACAGACGGUGAGGUGACCUCUAAGCCCAUGGUUCUGUUCCUGGGACCCUGGAGUGUAGGCAAAUCCUCCAUGAUCAACUACCUGCUGGGUCUUCAUGGAACCUCACAGCAGCUCUACACAGGUGCUGAGCCCACCACCUCAGAGUACACGGUCAUAAUGCACGGGGACAAGUUUAAGACCAUUGAGGGCAUCGUCAUGGCAGCAGACAGCUCACGCUCAUUCUCGCCUCUGGAGAAAUUUGGCCAAGGUUUCCUGGAGCGUCUGGUGGGCAUCGAGAUGCCCCACAAGCUGCUGGAGAGGGUAACCUUUGUCGACACACCCGGCAUCAUCGAGAACCGCAAGCAGCAGGAGAGAGGUUACCCCUACAACGAGGUGUGCCAGUGGUUCAUCGAUCGAGCAGAUCUCAUCUUCCUCGUCUUCGACCCCACCAAGCUGGACGUGGGCGGCGAGCUGGAGAUGCUCUUCAAGCAGAUGAAGGGCCGCGAGUCUCAGAUUCGCCUGAUCCUCAACAAGGCCGACAGCCUGACCACGCAGGACCUGAUGAGGGUCUACGGAGCCCUGUUCUGGAGCAUGGCGCCGCUCAUCAACGCCACAGAGCCUCCGCGGGUUUACGUCAGCUCCUUCUGGCCUCAGGAUUACACUGCAGACACCAGCCGAGGACUCUUCAUAAAGGAGGAGACGUCUCUGCUGGAGGACCUGAACCAGGUGAUUGAGAAUCAAAUAGAGAACAAGAUCGCCUUCAUCCGCCAACACGCCAUCCGUGUUCGCAUCCACGCUCUCCUGGUGGACCGCUACCUGCAGACCUACUACGACAAGCUGGGCUGGUUCAGCGACCCCUACGAGGUCUUCCAGGACAUCGUCAACGACCCGGACAAGUAUUACAUCUUCAAAUCCAUCCUGGCCAAAACCAACGUCAGCAAGUUUGACCUCCCGGACAAAGAGGCCUACCAGGACUUCUUCGGCGUGAAUCCCGUGUCAGGCUUCAAGCAGCUGUCGUACCACUGCAGCUGGAGCGCCGGAUGUCUGCUGGAGAACAUCGAGAGGGCCAUCACACACACACUCCCGGCUCUGCUCAGCGGUGUCAGCAAGGCCUCAGACACGCCUGCACCCACCAAGGCUGCAUCCCCACCUCCCCCUCCACUCCCCGGAACCUGUGAGGGACCCGGGUGUGAGGAGACACCAAAGAACCGCUGGAGGAGGCAGUGACAGGGAGGAGAGAGGGGAGCAGGAGGCGGGAUCAGAAGAGGCAGUGAGAGGGAGGAGCCAGGGGAGCAGGAGGACAUACUGGCUGCUGCAUUGUUGUCAGAGAAGCCAGCACUUCAACAUAGCAUGUUUCCUAAAUGUCUGAUCAUAUAGUAAGGUACCUUUAUCAUUUCAGUCACUACACAUCUUACUGAUUGGACCUUUGAGGUUUAUGUUUAGAUGAAGUGUCCUGAUGUGCAUGACAAACGAUAUCCCAUAAAAAACAUCAACACAACGUGUUCAUGAAGAUAUCUUCACUGGGACAAGAUUUGUAUUUUUGGGCUUUUUUUGGGCCUUCAUUACAAAGACAGGACAAUCAGAGAGAGAGAGAGAGAGAAAAAGAGAGAGAGAAAGGGACGACAUGCAGGAAAGGAGCCACAGGUCAGCUGUAGACCCGGACCACUACAAGGACUACAGCCUCCUUACAUGGGGCGCUCAAACCAACCACUCGUCCCCAGGCGCCUGAAGACCCCUCUUCACCUUCACUCGUCCUUACAGAGAUGAUGGACAUGUUUCUGGGUCUCUGGAGGAGCCAAACACUGAAUGUUUAUGACUUCAUUUAAACAUAGACAUCUAUGUUUACUAACACCAUCACUCAUGAACACAUCUGAUGAUUUCUUUUCCCGCCUUUUUUCCCCCUCUGUAAUUAUUUAUUCCUCUUUGAGUGACGUGAGCGGUUUGACGUUGAACACCGCCUGCCGUUCUUCAGUCGUUUGUGUCGUGUGCUGUGUCUUUACAUUGUGAUUAUUUUCAUGGCGGGACGUUUAGAACAGAAUCAUGUGUUCUCUCUGUCCCCGCCUCGUCGUCAGCAGGAGCCAUGUUGGUCACUGUGCUGUAUUAUUGUUUCUCUUUACUUCACUGCGUCACUCUAAAACAUUUAGUUUGACUCUAACGUCCUCCACACUCAUUGAUGAGCAGCUUCCUGUUGAACGUGAGCUGGUUGUGAUGUCACCGCGGCCUCUCAGCUCUCUGGAUGCUGUUGGUUUGACCUCCACCCGGCUGAACACCACACGGGUAUUCCCUAAACCAAUCAAAUCUCAUCCUUCUUUCUUAAAGUCUGUUUGUAUUUGCGUGAUUCAUUUUGAUUAAAAACAGAGAAACGUC